AUGAUACCACCGUGUGACCCGACGAUUCUCGAGCAGAACCCGCAUUUCAAACGCUUACACCAGCAUCUAACCACCACUUUGCUUAACCCCGAUGGCUCGACGCGCGCCAUUGAUGCGCAACCAGGAAGGAGAGAUGCCUUGAACGAAUUGAGGAAUUGCCAGAUCCGCAACACGAAGAAACAGAUCAAAAAGCAGACGUUGCGUCAGCUGGCGUUUGACUCGGACAAUGAAUUGCCGGAGAAGUGCCGUGAGCCCGUUGCUGUUGUCAGUUUCUACCUUGAGUCUUCACCGAACCAGCUCGACCUGAUCGACGACUCUCGCGACGGACCUAAUUCGGAUACACUUUUGGCAUCGGACAUCGAGCAAUUCUAUUCCAAAUUACCUCUCAUUGUUCCCUACUUUACACGAGCCCUCGCAUCCGUCUUGCAUGACCUUCAAUCACUCGCGAAUGCGAGCGACAGGGCCGCACUGUUGAAUGCGUCAAUAGAAGGCCAGAUGUCUCACAUUCAAGCUCGAAGCCGCGCAAAGGCCGCACGACAGGUCUCUUUGGCUCUCCAGCUGGGUGAAAAAGUGCGGGCUCUUCGUCAUGUACAGAUAUCGGAGCUUCCCGCGGCUCGGACGCGCAUGGCGGCAACGGCGGCGGAGGUCCUUGCCUUGCGGGCAGCAAUACUGGAGCGGACCGUGACUCUCUUGGAACGUACAAGGCAUGGCGCAUUGGCUCGAGCGACGAAGGCUAAGGCGGAACAUCUUGCUACAGUGGCGCAUGGAGUGGAGGGCAAGCUCCGGGUGAUGAGACUGGACGCUCUGGCUGCGAUCCACACGCCCGAAGUCAAUGCUGCGCUUUCCCGCUAUUACCAGCAUUUACGCGAUACACGAGCCCGGCUGGAAGAAAGGAGACACACGGUUCUAGACGAGCUGAAAGCUUACGAGGACGUGGAUUCGAGCAAUAUUAAGGGACCAGCAAGCUCUAGGCCUGUCGCUCAAACUGCUCGCCGUUUCGGAUCUUUGAUGAGGGAAAUUGCAGAAGUUGAGUCGGAGAUUCAGCGGCUACAGAGGUAA